AACAUUUUGUAUUUGCCGUUAUUAAUUGCCAAUCAUCCCGUCAAAAAAUUUCAAUGUUUAGAGAAGAUAAAUUGAUUGACGAACAAACAAGAAGAGAAAAUAUUGAAAAGUACAAGUAAUUAAAGAGUGUACUGUAAAUGUUUCAGGAGUCUCUUUUCAGGGGCCCCUCUCUUCUCAGAACUAUUUUUGGACACCGUCCCUUCCUCCUCCUUUUUGGACUCUGCCAAAGCUCUCUCUCCCACCAUUUUCUCUCUCAUCCUUAUAAGAAUAUGAAAUUAAAAUUUAUGAAUCGGGAACUCUACCAUCUUCAGGCUUUUACUUCUAACUUCACUUUUGCAAUUCAACUUCUUUGCACUCAGUUUUCUUUUCUUCAUCUGAACAUGGGGCAAAACUCUAAUGGCUUGGAAUGGUUUAUGAAUGUCUUCAAGAAAAUGGAGGACAGAUGCUUGGAGAUGUGUGAUGUCUUGGAGAAGGAAGUCUUGAAAUAUGUAGAAGGCCAGCUAAAUUCGGUUGAUAUUAACGAAGAUCACUUCCAACAGCCACGUUUGGAUGUUGGAGAAGAUCAGUCUCCUGAGAAGGCGUAUUGUGCAAAUCAAAAUGCAUCUUCCUCGGUCGCUUUUGGGAAUGUUCCAGGGGAGCAUCUUGUCAAGACAGAAGAUGGAAAAACAAUUCAAGCAUCUAAAAAACAGAAUCAUCUCAUUAUUGAACCAAACCAUUUCUCAGCUAACCAAAAAGUAUGUGGAGCUCACGAGAUUGAAAACAAGAAUGCUAAAGCAAAUAUAUCAUGGCCAUCAAGGAAGCAGAGCCAAAAACCAAAUGCAAUUACCGAUGAAAUACUAAAGUGUUCUCCAUCCACCAUACAAAAUGAUGAAUUCCCCGACUGGGAGAUUGUUUAGAUCUAUGGAAUAAAUGGCAUCAGUAAGCUAAUUUUAGUAUUGCCUUCCUUCUACAAGCAGAGGAAGUGAACACAAGGCAACUAAAUUCAUGUGAUGCUCCCAAUAAUAAUCCCACAAGGAUUUAUCCUGUAAUGCUAUGCUAGUCAUUUUGUAGCUUUCAGUGUUUUUCAAUUUUCUCUGCCUACUAGUAAUCUCAAGAUUAUAGGGGAUGUAGUUUUCUUCUAUUAUCAAAAAGAAAAUAAUUAAAUUCUAUAA